AUGAAUCUUCUUUUCACAAUAAAUGUUAAGACGAGACAGGAGGCCGAUUUGGACGUGGAUCUGGUGGCACCUGCUGGCGAUUCCUUGAUAGAGCCGGUCGAGGCUGUUCCUACAUCGGCUUCUGUUUCGUUGACGAAUGCAUCCUCGUCUGAACCCAAAGUGAAGAAGAGCUCCAAAAAGGAAAAGAAUUCCAUCGUGAAUGCUUCUGAAAUCGAAGAAGUCAAUGCUGAGCCUGCUAUCCCUGUCAUAGAUGAACCUGUCGUACUUAGUGAACCAGCUUCUGAAGAAAACAAAGAAAAUCGACAUGAGCAAACGUCAAGUUCGGAAGGCAAGAAGAGGAAGAAGACGAAGUCUAAGAAGGAAGAGGAUGUGACUACAGCGCAGACAUUCGCUCCUGAGCUAGCUCAAGGCGAACCCGUAGGUGAGUCGCACUCUUCAAACACUUCUAAGUCGGAAAAAGAAAAGAAACCCAAGAAGAAAAUCACAAUAGUCAAUAUCAACGACCUCGAUUCGAACAAGGUACUCACACGUAUAGCUUCACUCGAGGAAAUUGAACCUGAAUAUAUCAGCUACCUUGCAUCUUACUUCCACGAUACUAAUGCUAUAGAUGAACAGAGCCUGGAAGAAACGAUAGUUGAAUAUGAAAGGAAGGAUCAUGAGCAGAAGAAGAAAAUUGACCAGUAUCAACAAUCACGAAUCAUCUCUGAUAGGCAAAUAGCUGAUCACGUACGUGUCAUUUCUGAAUUGACUUCAAAACUCCAAGCACUUUCCGUUUCUGAAGCAGCUGCGAAACAACAGAUAAUGCAGUUGAAUAAUGUAUGUGUAGAGAACGACACUUUGAAAUCUGCUUUAUCGAAAUCUGCAGCUGAACGCUGCCAGCAAGGGCAGUAA